UCUUCACCAUCCGAAACCACGUCAAUCUUUAAAAAAAAAAAAAUGGAUCUUGUUUCAAUGAAUUUCAAUUGAAUUUAGUUUGGGAUUUUUUGAAAUCCCUUAUCUUUGUUUCUCAAUAAUUUUUUCAAGGACUUUUCCCAGGAAAAAAUUCAUUAAAAAAAAAAAAUCUUUUCUGUAUAUAUGUAUAUUGAGAUUUAAGAAACUGGAGAUCAUUUCAAUUUAAAAGAGAAUUUGAAUCUGGAGAGAUUAAAUUAUCUUUCUGAUUGAUGAGUUGGAUUGUCAUACAUGCCUGAGAUAUGGUGUUUAAGAAGAGGUUAGAUUAUGGAUUUAAUGCCUUUAGUGUCUCGAAUGUACCUCGAGCCCCUCGAUCGAUUCGGAAGAGGGACCGGACUAAGAGGGUGGUUGAAGAUAGUCGAAUAUGCGCAUUUGAAUUGUUAGCUUCAUUAGCUGGGAAGCUACUGGAGGAGGGUGAAAGCUCUGCUUCUAGCAAUGCAUCUGCAGGACAUGAUCAUGUUUCUAUAGGUAAAGAUGUUAAACUGGAAACUCGAUACGAUGAUAAACCGUUGAAAACUGAAUGCGUCGGGCAUGUAAGCUGUGAUGCGAGUGUUGUUACCUCUGAUUGGACCGCUGAAAACAGUGACAAUUCGAAGGAACCUAAACUUUCUGAAAACAAUGCUAUUCUGGAACCUACUUUGACAAAGGCACCUCCUGCUUGCUCAGUGCAAAUUAAUGAUGAUUUAAAGUAUACAAUUCAGAAAUGCAAUGUAGGAUAUGGGAGCUUUCCUGGUAAUUUAGAUGGUUGCUCCCCUAAUUUUGGGGAGUUGUGUGAUGGUAUCAGUGAGAAUGGUGUUAAACGAGAGGUAGAGACUAAUAAUUACCCCACAAUGGAUCCAUUAGAAGUGUCUAUGACAUUUCCUGCACCCAUUAAUUCCGAUAGAGAUGUCAAAUUGCCAUCACGUAGUGAUUCUGUUCUUAAUGCUUCUUUUUCAAGGCAUAGGAAUGAUAUUAAGUUAGGUAGUAGAGAUGAUGAUGAAAAAUUUUCUAGGUUUAAUAAACUUAGCAACAGGUUUAAGGUUUCUAGGCCUGCAACAUGUAUCGAAGACCGAAGAAUAAGGAAGUUGCUAACAUCCAAAUACUGGAAAGCCGCUCCAAAGUUGAAGGAUUUUGAAGAUUCUCGAGCUGAUGGAGGAAUAAAGGCUCUACAACGCAAGCGGAAGACAUACUAUGACAAAUGUCAAUAUGACACACUUUAUAAAAGGAGGAAGUUCUUUGACCGUAGCUCAAUAGUAACUUCUGAUGGGAGGAUCGGUAGUGAAAAUGUUUCUAAUUCACCUGAGAAAGUUACGAACGAGAACGAAAAUAAGUGUCGCUUGGUGGCAAUGUCACAUGGAGCAUGUGAGAUAGCUUCCUUGCUUACAGGUCAUCAAGCAUCCCAUAAGUCUGAUGAUUCUCAUGUGAAGCUCAGCAUUAAGUCCUUUAGGAUACCAGAACUUUAUAUCGAGGUGCCGGAAACUGCAACUGUUGGUUCAUUGAAGAGGACUGUAAUGGAGGCGGUGACUGCCUUACUUGGAGGAAGAAUCCGUGUUGGGGUACUCCUUCAAGGGAAGAAAGUGAGAGAUGACAGUCGAACUCUAUUACAAACCGGUAUUUCAUCUGAAGACAAUUUGGGUGCUCUAGGUUUCACUUUGGAGCCUGGUCCUGUGAUAGCUCCUCCACCUAUAUGCUCCGAAGAACCCCUUCUACAGUUGCCGUGUGGCUCUGCCCCUCAAAAUUUAACAAGGUCUUUAGUAGUCACUCCAGCCUUAGAUACGGGGAUUCCAGAUGCCACACCUGACCCACCUUUACUGACCAAUUCAGCAAAAUCUGUGGAUAGUAAUUAUGAACACGUUUCCUCCCAAACUGACAUGCUAACCGAUCAAAAUCUGUCAGAGUCUAGAGCUCUGGUUCCAGUUCCAGCGAUGAAUGUCGAGGCACUAGCUGUUGUCCCUGUCAACCAGAAAAUUCGGAAAUCUGAGCUUGCACAGCGUAGAACCAGGAGGCCAUUUUCCGUGUCAGAAGUAGAAGCAUUGGUACAGGCCGUUGAGGAGCUCGGUACCGGAAGGUGGCGGGAUGUUAAAUUGCGAGCUUUUGAGAAUGCUGACCAUCGAACUUACGUGGAUCUGAAGGAUAAAUGGAAAACAUUGGUUCACACAGCAAAAAUUUCGCCGCAGCAAAGACGAGGGGAACCGGUACCCCAAGAACUAUUGGAUCGGGUCAUGGCUGCUCAUGCUUACUGGUCUCAGCAUCAAACUAAACAACAAGGUAAGCAUCAUCCCGGAACUUUGAGAAUUACCGACUCCCAAACUGACAGAAUCGGAGUUGCGGUUGGCAUUCCGACCAUUACAAUGUAAAACAAGAAGAAAAGGGUAAAAUAACAAAUGACAAAGAACAGGGGGGGAAAAAGAAAGAACAUGUACAAAUUGAUUCAGGUUUUAUGUAAUAUUUUCACACUCAACUUUGAUUCUUUGCCAGCUUACAAAUCAUGGAGCCAUUGGCAUUUCUGUAAAUGAUUGGAUAAAACAUGGUCCUUAAUUCAUUUCAUUUUCAAUUUGUAAUUCAUAUCAUCGAACUGAGAAAAUAGAAAUAAAAAUAAAAAAAGAAUAUUUCAGUUCUUUUUAAGUGUUUUGGAA